AUGGCCGUCAAGAGGUUGCGAAUCGGCGUCGACGUCGGAGGCACCAACACAGAUGGCGUCAUCCUCGACCCUCUCCGUGCCUCCGAGCCCGACAAGGGAAUCCUAGCCUGGCACAAAGCUCCCACGACGACCAAUCCAAGCCUCGGAAUCAGAGAUGCCCUCGUUUCCAUGUUCGAGCAGUCCAAAAUAAACCCGGACGAGGUGGCUAGCGUCACCAUUGGAACCACGCACUUUGUAAACGCUGUAAUCGAGCGCGAUGCUGCACGUCUCUCCCGGGUUGCCGUGAUCCGUCUCUCAGGCCCGUUCGGCAAGCACGCCCCGCCCUGCAUCGACUGGCCAACAGACCUCCGCUCGCUCGUCUUGGGCCAUCACGCCCAAGUCAAGGGCGGUCUCGAGGUCGACGGCCGACCGAUUUCCGACAUCGACGAGCAAGAACUGGCAUCCGUCUGCGCCGACAUCGCUGCCGUCUCCCACCCCCGGUCCAUCGCUGCCGUCGUCAUCAACGGCGUCUUCUCGCCCAUCGACAACGAUGACCCCACCCGCAACCAGGAAGCCCGCGCCGCCGCCAUCGCCCGCCGCUGCUUGCCCCCAGCCGUUGACGUCGUGUGCGCCCGCGAAGUCGUUCCGCAGCUGGGCUUCCUCGAGCGCGAGAAUGGCGCCGUCUUGAACGCCGCAAUCCUGGCCUUCGCCCGCCGCACCAUCCGCUCCUUCCGUGAACCUGUGCGCAAGCUGGGGCUGCGGUGUCCGGUCUUCAUCACUCAGAACGAUGGCACCAUUCUGAGCGGCGAGGCAGCUGCGAGGUUGCCCAUCAGGACGUUCAGCAGCGGACCGACCAACAGCAUGCGGGGCGCUGCCUUCUUGGUGGCGGGCGACGGCGGGGGUGAGCAGAGCAAGAAAGAGCCAAUGAUGGUGGUGGAUGUGGGCGGGACUACGACGGACGUGGGCUUACUGCUGGCCAACGGCUUCCCUAGGCAAGCUGCCGCCUUCAGCGAAUUUGCGGGCGUGAGGAUGAACUUCUCGUGUCCAGACGUCAAGAGCAUCGGCCUCGGCGGCGGCUCCAUCGUCCGCCGCUCCCCCACCAACGCCAACACCCUAACAGUCGGCCCCGACAGCGUCGGCUACGCGAUCCAAACCUCAGCCCUCUGCUUCGGCGGCACCGUCCCCACCGCCACCGACUACACGCUGGCCGCCAACCCCACCCUCUCCCUCUCUUCGGCCUGCACGCACGCCGCCGCCGCCCGCGCAGCCAUCCCCCCCGCCGCCGCCUCGUCCUUCACCGCCGCCGUCCGCCGCAAGCUCGAAGCCAUCAUCGACACGAUGAAGACGAGCCCCGCUGCCAUCCCCGUCGUCCUCGUCGGCGGCGGCGCCGUCAUCGCGCCCGAGAGCCUGAGGGGCGCGGCGCGCGUGGUGAGGCCGCGGCACGCGGGCGUCGCGAACGCGGUGGGGGCGGCGAUGGCGGGCGUCAGCGCGGUCGUGGACGCGGUGCGGAGCACGGCUGCGGAUGCGGCGGCGGCCGGGGGGAAGAAGAAGGGGGCGAGGGAGUGGGUGGCGGAGCUGGAGGCCGAGGCGGUGGAGAGGGCCGUGAGGGCGGGGGCGAGGAGGGACGGGUGCAGGGUCGUGGAGGUGGAUGUGUUGCCGUUGCAGUAUGUGGCGGAUUUGAGCCGGUUCGUCGUGAGGGCGGCGGGGGAGUUUGAUUACGGGAGGGGGGAGGAGGAGGGGAUUGAGGGGGUGGGUGGUGAGGGUGAGGGUGAGGGUGUUGUUGUUGAGCGGGAUGGGGUGGAGGAUGUGGACGAGGACGACGGGAGCUUGAUGGAGGAGUAUGGGAAGGGGAAGGGCGGGGUCGGGGAUGGGGAUGGGGUGGUGAAGGAGAGGGAAGUGGCAGAGCAGGCUGAUCGGGAUUUCGAUUUUGAGGCGUACAGACCGAAGGUGGAGGACAGGGUGUGGUACAUUUCCGAGACGGACCUGGCGUGGAUCUCGACGGGUUGCUACAUCCUGGGCACCGGCGGCGGCGGCAGUCCCUACUCGAGUAUGCUACGCCUGCGCACAAUGUUGCGCAACGGCGCUGUCGUCAAGGUCGUCAGCCCGACGGAUUUGAAGGACGACGAUCGCGUGGGUUGUGGUGGAGGAGCGGGCUCGCCGACUGUCGGCAUCGAGAAGCUCGCGGGUGACGAAAUGAUGGAGGCCCAGGAGGAGCUGUACGGCCUUGUGAAGGACAAAGCCACGCACAUGAUCGCCCUCGAAAUCGGCGGCGGCAACGGCUUGCAGGGCAUGAUCCUGGGCGCGAGCACCAACAUGGACAUCCCCACCGUCGACGGCGACUGGAUGGGCAGAGCGUACCCGACCAAAUGGCAGACGACGCCCGUCGUCUUUGCGGAGAGGAAGACGGUCUGGUCUCCGACCACCAUGUGCGACGGGAAUGGGAAUGUCGUGUUCAUGACCAAGGCCACGAGCGACGAGACGGUGGAGCGAGUCUUCCGUGCCGGACUCUCCGAGCUUGGCUCACAUGUCGGUUGCGCCGAGGGACCGGUCACAGGCGCCGAGACGAAGCGGUGGGUGGUCGAGCACACCAUCUCGCUCUCCUGGCGCAUCGGCCGCGCCGUCCACAAGGCCCGGCACUCCAACCGCAUCGACACGGUCGCCGAGUCCAUCGUCGCCGAGGUGGGCGGCAGCGGUGCCGCAAAGGUCCUGUUCAAGGGCAAGAUCGUCGGCGUCGAGCGCACGCUGCGCAACGGGCACGUCUACGGCGAGGUCGUCAUCGAGGCCACCAGGAACAGCACCGCCGAAGAGGACGAUGACGACGAGGUGAAGAAGGAGGGGGAGGAGCGCUUCGAAGGCACGGUCCGGAUCCCGUUCAAGAACGAGAACAUCGCGGCGUUCAAAGUCGUAGAGGAGGAGGAGGAGGAGCACGGCGGCCGCCGCCGCUCUGAGGAGACCUUGGCCAUCGUGCCCGAUCUCAUUUCUUGCAUCGAUGCGCAGAACGGCGAGGCCAUCGGCACGCCCGAGUACCGCUACGGCUUGCUGGUCGUCGUGCUGGGCAUCACCGCGUCCGACCGGUGGACGUCGACGCCGAGGGGCGUGGAGCUGGGCGGGCCGAAGGCGUUUGGGUUGGAUGAUUUGGUGUACAAGCCUAUUGGGAGGUUUGAGAAACCGAGGAGUGUGAUUGAAGAGUACGGGCAGUGA